GAUUUGAAUAUGUACCGCGCUUCAUAUCAGAAGGGCUUCCUAACGAUACUUUACAGUGUGGGCAGCUCUCCACUGGACAAUUGGUCCACUUUUACCAAAAAUGGUUAUAUUAAACGCAUUUAUGAUGAAGAUAUCAAAUCCUUGGUGCUGGAAAUUAUGGGUUCCAACGUCUCCACAACAUUUAUACAUUGCCCAAGCGAUUGCAAGGCCGAGUUGGGCAUCAAAUUGCCAUUUUUAGUGCUUCUCAUUAAGAAUAUGCAUAAAUAUUUUUGUUUUGAGGUUAAGAUUCAGGAUGAUCAGCGUUUCAUGCGUCGCUUUCGCGUGUCCAAUUUCCAGAGCAAGACCUCAGUGAAACCAUUUUGUACGGCCAUGCCCAUGGGCAUGUCGCCUGGAUGGAAUCAAAUUCAAUUCAAUUUGGCCGAUUUUACGCGUCGUGCCUACGGUUCGAAUUAUUUGGAGACUGUUUCCCUGCAGGUACAUGCCAAUGUGCGCAUCAGACGCAUCUAUUUCACGGACAAACUCUACACGGAAGCCGAGCUACCCAACGAUUACAAGCUGCUCGGCAAACCCAAGGAUCUGAAGAAGGAGAAACAAUUCAAGGCUCCACCCGCAGCACGUCCACCAUCGCCACUUAACACUGGACGAUCUGAGGGGCCAACUAAGCAAGUGGAAAUGGAGACAACGGCGCUGGAAACGGAAACGGAGAUAGACACUGGCGGACCGGAUAUGAAGACAGAUGCGGGACCGGAAGUUGAGUCAGCUGCAGCUACCAAUGAGGAACCUGGUGGACAGACCGAGGCCACUGAGGAUGCCUAUUAUUGAGUUUAAUUUCACACAUUUCUCGUUUGUUUUAUGUUAAAUGCUCUACACAAUUUUAAUCAGAGGGAGGCGUGGCUGAGGAACAACUAAAUUAAAAGUCAUAGACAAAACAGAUGGAAUAUUAAUAAAGCUAAACUCGACUCACAAA